AUGAAGGAGGGCACCGCGACCUGCGUGUGGAUCCUGGACAUGAAGCCGAUGGUCUUUAAGGCGCUGCUUCACUUCGUCUACAACGACGUGCUGCCGGAGAUAGACGAGGGCGAGACGAUGGUGAUGGCACAGCACCUGCUCGUCGCGGCGGAUAGGUAUUGCCUGGAGAGGAUGAAGUUGAUCUGUGAAGAGAAGCUCUGCAGUUACAUUGACACGAGCAGUGUUCGGACAAUGUUGGCGUUUGCUGACCAGCAUGGCUGUCAUGGGCUUCAGAAGGCGUGCCUGAAUUUUCUCAUGUCCGGUGGCAACCUGAUGGCAGCUAUAGUGACUGGUGGCUUGGAGAACGUGAUGAACAGCUGCCCCUCCGUCAAGGAGUUGGCCGUGAAAAGUUGCUCCUAA